UCAUGGGUGGAAUUCUGUUUACUUUGCUGAGUUGUUUGCUGUCUAAGGACACAAGCUGACGGUGGGCCAUCCUGUGUAGACUUGUCAUGAAUCUAGGAGGCUCGGCGUUGAAAAAAAUGAAGAAAUUCAGGAUGUGGGCUUGGAGGGGGCCGCUGGAGCGGUUCCUUCUUCUCUGUGCUGCCCUGGGCUGUCUCAGUCUGCCUGGCUGCAGAAGUGAAAGGCUGCAUUCCUUUGAGUCAAAUGCAGUCAACAAGAGCUUUGCUAAGACCAGGCACAUGCGGAGUGUGGACCUUGCCCCAAUGCCUAUUGAUUGUGAACUUUCCAGCUGGUCCUCCUGGACGGCAUGUGAUCCCUGCCAGAAGAAGAGAUACAGACAUGCCUACUUACUCCGGCCCUCACAGUUCCACGGAGACCCAUGCGACGACUCCUCUGACAAGGAAGUGGAAGACUGUGUUACCAACAGCCCAUGCAGGAGUCAAGUGAGAUGUGAAGGCUUUGUGUGUGCACAGACAGGGAGAUGUGUGAACCGCCGACUUCUUUGCAAUGGGGAUAAUGACUGUGGAGACCAGUCAGAUGAGGCAAACUGUAGACGGAUUUAUAAAAAGUGUCAGCACGAAAUGGACCAAUACUGGGCAAUUGACAGUCUGGCCAGUGGGGUAAAUUUGUUCACCAACAGUUUGGAGGGCCCGGUUCUUGAUCACAGGUACUAUGCUGGUGGAUGCUCCCCACAUUACAUCCUGAACACCAGGUUUAGGAAGCCUUACAACGUGGAAAGCUACAUGCCACAGACCCAAGGCAAAUAUGAAUUUGCACUGACAGAAUAUGAAUCAUACGCAGAUUUUGAACACAAUGUCAUAAAGAAAGCAAUAAGCCAGUCGAGUUUCAGUUUUGGUUUUAAAAUAAAGGGAAUAUUUGAACUUGGCUAUAACGACCAAAGUGACCAAGGAAGAAAUUAUAUUAAGCGAACAAAACGAUUCUCUCAUACCAAAAGUGCGUUUCUUCACGCACGCUCUGACCUUGAAGUAGCACAUUACAAGCUGAAACCCAGAAGCCUCAUGCUGCAUUACGAGUUCCUGCAGAGAGUGCGGCGGCUGCCCAUGGAGUACAGCUACGGGGAGUACAGAGAUCUCUUCCGAGAUUUUGGGACCCACUACAUCACGGAGGCUGUGCUCGGGGGCGUUUAUGAAUACACGCUCGUCAUGAACAAAGAGGCCAUGGAGAGAGCAGAUUAUUCUCUCAGCAACGUGCAUGCUUGUGCCAAAAACGAUUUUAAAAUUGGUGCUGCCAUCGAAGAUGUCUACGUCAGUCUGGGCGUGUCAGAAAGCAAGUGCAGGGCUAUUCUCAAUGAAAUCAAAGACAGGAACAAGAGGAGCACCAUGGUGGAGGACUUGGUGGUCCUUGUACGCGGAGGGGCAAGUGAGCACAUCACUGCCCUGGCUUACAAGGAGCUGCCGACGGCAGAGCUGAUGCAGGAGUGGGGAGACGCAGUGCAGUACAACCCGGCCAUCGUCAAGGUCAAGGUGGAGCCUCUGUAUGAACUGGUGACGGCCACAGACUUCGCCUUUUCCACCACAGUGAGGCAGAACAUGAAAAAGGCCCUGGAGGAGUUCCAGGCGGAAUUCAGCCCCUGCCACUGUGCCCCAUGCCAUGGAAAUGGAGUCCCUGUCCUGAAAGAAUCACGCUGUGACUGCAUCUGUCCUGUGGGAUUCCAAGGCCCAGCCUGUGAGAUGACCUAUCGGAAAAAUGUUCCCACUGACGGGAAUUGGAAUUGCUGGUCAAACUGGUCUUCGUGCUCGGGAGGGCAUAAGACAAGACAACGGCAAUGCACCAAUCCACCUCCUCGAAACGGGGGCAGCCCCUGCCCAGGUCCUGCUUCAGAAACGCUCAACUGCGAGGGAAUCAGAGUUUCUAGAAGAUGAUACAGCUGUGGGCUGCAACAAGAACAGCUCUGAUCCCUCAAGAACUCAGGCCAGCUCAUCCCCACCCCACCUGCCACUGGGGCUCACCCAAGAAGCAGUGCCAUGCAGGCUGUUUAAAACAGAGAGAUUAGUUUGUUAAAUGCACAUUGAUUUGGAUAGUGAGUUAAACUGAAAUUACACGUACCUUAAAGGCAUAAAAGUCUUUGUAAUCCUCACUUUGCUCACUCUACAAUUUUGUUUUACUUAUAUUUACUACCAAUCAGGAACUGUGUUGGAACUUGUUCACCCUGUAGUUUCACUAUAGCACAUUCCACUAUCACGUAAUGAAUUAAUGAGUGGAAAUUAAAUUGUUCUUUCCUUGACAAGUACAAGGUCUUGUUCAGUAAUUACCAGCAGUUAAUGUUUAUUGGGCAAUUACUGUGUGCUAGCCACUGAUUCAGGGCAUUAAUUCAUCCCAUUCUUGUGAAAACUUUACAAGGGAUGCUAUCAUCAGCCCCGUUAAACAGUUGGGAAACUGAGGCUUAGAAUCGUUAGGUGACUUGUCCAAGGUUACACAGCAGGAAAGUGGCAGAGCUGAGUUCCAGAUGUGGAAUCUAGAGUUUGUACCUCUUAACUAUGGUGCUCUCUUACCUCUCAGUAAAUAAGUGUCUGAUUAACAAAGAAUUUGUGUGAAAUAAAACACACCAGAAAGUACUAUGAGAGAGAGAGAGUAUGUGUGUGGUUGGCAAAUUUCCACCCACUUCUUUCUGAGAAGGGUGUGUCCUGGCCCCUCAGUUCUCUCUGAUGCUGAGCAGAGGAAGGGCACACUUGUGUAGGUCGAGAGCAGGAGUUGUGGGGCAGAGCGAAAUUGUGGUGCCCAAUGGAGGAGUGCCAUGGAUGUGCCCAGGAAGACCCAGAGCUGAACACGGGAGCCAGGGAGACUGGUCCCUGAAUGAGAGAAUAUUAAAGGAGAUAAAGAGGAGAGGACCAUGGCGGCUGGAAGAGGAACCAUGUCAAGGAGAAUUUCAAGUUGAUGACUAUGGGUCCACGGGAAACAUAGACCCUCCUCUAUGUCCCCCUGUGAAAUGGUCAGUACACUCUACUCCACUCACGGAGGCUUCUGGGCAGUAUCAUUUUAGGAAGGGCUGGGCUUGGUGAGGAAAACGAGAAGACAAUUGAUCUUAGGUUACCAAAGUACCUUUGUUUUCUAGAUUGCCUAGUAAAUAACACUAAAUUUUUCACUUAGUCAUUCCAGCUGAUGAAAACAUCCCUUAAGAUUUUUUUUUUUGCCCUUGGACAGUCCCUGAUUGAAGUCCCUCAGGUGAAUGUGUUGAAAUAAAAUUGGUGGGGAAAGGAAAGCACUUAGUGAUUUUUAACCUUUUUUAUCUCACGGCACAUUUGAACCUAUCGUUACACUUCUGAGCCACACUUCAAUCAUGUUGGUAAAAAAAAAACAACAAAAAAAAACUUACCGUGCUUUGAACUUCUUUCAAAAAAUAAUUUAAUUAAUGAUGUAUAAAAAUUUUUGCAGCAUACCUAAGACCCUCUCCCGGCACACUGGUUGAAAAUCACUGAUUGGUUGAAGGUGGACCGGCUCACAUUCAUUUUCAACCCAGUUUUCUGCCAUAUCAUCUCCUCUGAGUUCACUGUUGGGUUCAGUGCUGAGGCCUGAGGGCUUAACAUUUUGGUGACUGCUUUGGUUACAAAUGGGGAGGCUCAUGAAGCGAGUACAGCUCAGUGGUAGAGCAUUUGACUGCAGAACAAAUGGGGAAGUUCAGAGAUAUUAAGGAAUCUGGCCCACCCAGCUCUCUGGAAUGCAAGCACAACAAUGAUGAAAGCAGGUGGGGUUCCUGCAGCAAGCGAGACCUUUCCACCGGCCUUCCUGCAGCCCUCUGUCCCUGCAACUAUGGUCUGGGCCCUUGUUCGGCUCAAUGUUAUUGCUUGGCAGUCCACUGUUAUUUCAACAGGCUAAUCCAAUAAUGUUUUAUCUUUUUCAUUAUACUGAGGCAGUAUAAUUUUCUUGAGUUAUAAUCUAUCUUCUUUUAAGAUUCCCCAGAGACAGGGAAGAGUGGUUCUGUCUUUGGUUGAUGGGAGGCGCCCCGGAAGCCGACACCAGCACAAUGAAACUGAGCGCUGCCAAAUUAAAUUCCGAAUCUCAAUCACAGCCACCGCUUCUAAUGGGAAAUUGGAGUGGAUUAUGGAGAUGACAGCCCAGGUUCACGUUUAUUGCGUUUAGCAGAAAUUGUUUAUCCUAUUAAAUGUGGUCUUGAAGGAGAAACAAUUGAAUUUUGGAGCACCGGUGAAUACCCGGGUGACGCCCAGGCGCCGCUAAACUGUGCAAUAAUUAUAUUCUUAUUUGUAGGCUGAACUUCCCCUUGUGGCUCUUUCUGCAAACAAAUGCAUUUAGGAGGAGGCUGCAACAGAAUGUGAGAAUUAAACAAAAUAAAUGCAAAGUGUGCUUUUGGAAAAUCUUGGCGACUGUGGCUGGUAGUGGUAUACCUCUGAAGGAGCUGGGAUAGCCAAGGGGCAGGGUCCAGCCAGCGUAGGCUGGCAGAGGUCCUGGAAGCUUGAACGUAGCACAAGGCACCUGGCAGGGGGGGGAUAUUUUUGCAUCCAUGAAUAUGAAACUUUGAAAUGCUAUUAUCUCUGCCAUGCGCUUAAUGUCAGGGUAGGAGGCUUCCCAUGUGACCUGGGACUAAUAACUUCUGUGGGAAUAAUAAUUAUUAUAAUUAGCUUAACAAUAGCAAUAAUAAUAAUAGCUGCCAAUUAUAGAGUGCUUCCCAGUUUAUGAAGUCUUUUCAUCUACAUUAUCUCAUUUAAUCUUUAUCUGAAUUGGAUGGGGUAGAUGUUAAUAUAGUCAUCGGAUGACAGGUAGAGAGGACUUCAAAGGGAGACUCAGUCCUUCUAACUAAUGGGCCAAUGGUAGACGUCAAGGUGGGGUGCAGAGGCCAGACAAAAGAGCAUCUGUUGGCAGGGAAUCCAAACAGAGGGGAAAUUCAUCUCUUUCUUAAAGAAGAAGACUUAGACCUGCUUCCGGGAUAAAAACGUCCCCAGGAGAGGGUGGGGCUGAUGCAGAAGGCCCUUGGGAGCACCAACCUGGUGUCCAUUAGGACAUGCAUGCUCUGGGCCUGGUGGGGAAACACCCAGGCUGCAGGACCUUGCGUGGAGCAGCCCCACCGCCUGCCCUCCUCUGGAAGCCACUUCCUCACUCAUCCUCCAGGUCUCAGCCCUCCUCUUUUUUCAGAAAGCCUUUUCUCAUCCUUGUAGGUUACGAUGGGGGGCUGUCCUCUCUGUCCCUUUUGCAUUCUGUGCUUCCCCCAUCAUGGCACUCAUGUCGGCAUGCAGGAUCUGCAAAGCCGGGAAGCAGACACUAUUUGUACGGAUUGAAGAUGUUCUUAAAGGUGUCAUGUCUCUUCGCUGAUGUUUCCAGACUUUGCGGACAUUGUGUCAUAAUUUACAUGUUGUUCCUUUUCAAAUAUAGCGUCCGCAAAGACAGGAACAGUGUCUGUCUCCUGCACUAAGUCAUAGAUCCUAAGAAGCAAGAACAGUGCGUGGCACAAGUGGGCCAUCGGUAAGUUAAUUAAUUAACGAACUAACGAGAAGGGACAAGUGGGGGGAGGAUGAGCCUUCCCAUGCUGGUGUGAAGCUUCAGUGAGUGGACAGCACGUGACAGCGGCAUCAUGAGAAGGGUCUCAGCAGCCCCCCAAAGAGGGGACCCCACAGAGGAGGCACCUUUAGGUGGCUUUGUGGCUAGCAGUGCAGAAGAAAGAUGAAGGAAAAACAGUUGAUGUCAGGAGGAGCUGAUGGACUUUUUGGGGGGUGACACCCCCUGGUAACAGCCAGGGGUCUCUAGGGAAACUUGACAAAGGAAAGGGGCAGAAAACUUUACAGCUAUGGCGGGGACUGAGCCUGAGAAGUGAAUUCAUGAGAAAACCAAGGCGCAAAGAGAUUUCAAAAGUCCAGUUUGUGGCAGAGGUGGGUGAAGCAACUUAACACAAUUCUCUCCCAACAUUCUGCGCCGACCUCGGCUUUCUCGUCCAUGGCUUAGUUUUCACCUGACGUGCCCCCUGAACCUGGCAGCAGCUCACAGCAACAGAAAAGUUAGUUCCGGGAGACUCCCUGUUCAUUGGAUGGUGUCAUGAAAUCAGAUGUUUCUAUAUUGUUUUCCUCUUUGCCUUAUUUUUCUUAAAUGUUAAGCCAAAUUCCAACACAGAGGUGUUCAGAAAUUCAGGGAUCUGUUCACAGAGAUACUGGGAUACUGGCAGACAGUGGCGUGAGAGGCCAAACAGCAGAGAGCUUGGACGACAGGGAGCUGUUGCGUGAGACUGGCUCUGUGACUUCCUGUUCGGUGGCCUUACACAAUGUACGCCCUUGUCUGGGCCUCCGUGUCUGCACCUUGGGUGUCAUGAUCUUUAUGUGAGCUAUUGCACCCUGCACCCACCUAACACUCCAGAACGAGCUCAGCCACCGCCAUCAUUGUUUCCAGGGAUCCACACACCACCCACAGCCACCUCAGACUGCUCUUUUAAAAAGUCGCUGAGGGGGAAGGGAGGGGGGAGGUUUUGGUGGAAGGAGGGUAAUGGGUGGGGCCACACCUACGGUGCAUCUUAGAAUGGGUACAGGCGACACUUACUAAAUGCAGAAUACAAAUGUCUACAUACAGUAACUAAGAAAAUGCCAUGAAGGCUACGUUGAACAGUAGAAUUAUUUCAGAUUGUAUAUGAAACCAACACAUUGUACCCCUUGAUUGCACUAAU